CCCGGUCAUGACUCUGGUCGCACGUUCGCAAAUCCGGGCUUUUUUCCUCACAUAACGUUUAUGAUACCAUGUAGUGAUAAAAUGGCAACAUCCAGUGACGGUAAAUCGUUGAUAAAUGCGAUGGGACUGAGAAAACGAUUCAAAUGGUGGAAAUAUUACGUGCACUUGGACUACCUAAAACAAAUUCGAUACGUUUCCAGUACCUGAGAUUCGAAAAUUUCGUUUUUAUUUUUCGUAUUUUCGAUUUAUUUUCACGUUUUAGUUUGUUUUUCGACCAGUAACGCACAAUGUUAGACGUAUCGUUUCGUUUGUGAUAUGAAAAUUCUUCAUUAGGUUUACGACACGAUUCGCCAUCUAAAUCAUGGUGGAUUUAGGAGGCUAUGUGAUCAUUCUGGCCGAAACCAAGGAUAAGAAAAUCAAACUCUAUGGUUCACCUGCAGAUAACGAUAACUUGGAAGUGGGAGAUGAGAUUUUGGAAGUGAAUGGAAAAACGCUUGAAGACGCUUGCCACGCUGAAGUCAUCAGUCAUAUUCACCAGUGCAUCCGAUCGCGCACAAUAUGCCUCCGCGUGAAGCGUCGCAGCGGCGCCCGUCUGGCGGUCGAUUUAGACUUGUGUGCAGGCAACGUUCAAGAUGCCUUCGUCAUCGCCGUGGAGCAGCAGGCCCAAGAACGCCUGGAGCGGCUCACAGCGCUCAAGCGCGUCAAGCCCGUCGACAUGACCAAACUGUCGCAACAGUUGAACCAGCAGACCACUUCGAGCGAAGAACUGAACGGCUUCAUCAACAACACGCCCAUCUACGUAACGUCUUUAACAGCCACCGAAAAUAUAAACAACAACCCCACCGGAAGCAGCAAGUCGGAAAGCGGCGGCGGCGGUGGCAGCGUCCUCUCCAACACCAUUUCGGUGGUGGCGACGAAGGAAGUGGCCCCCAAAUCGUUGCCCAACGGCCACGACACCGCCGACUACAUCGUGAACAAGGUGGCCAACGAUGUGCGCGCCGAGGUGAAGGACGCCCCCAGUCUGGAAGUGCCCCAUUUGGGGGACCGCAGAUCGUCCUCGCCCUUCCAGAAUGGGCGCACGGAGCUGCUGAUCGGCGCCGAAGACAAUAAGUUCAAAACCACGGCCAUCGUCGAGAGCAAUAACAACAAGUUGGGAGUCGACGCCGAGAGCAGGCCACGGCGACGCUCUGGCUCGAGCAUCGUGGUGCUGGACGGCGACUUGGACCCGGUGAAGAAGCCUCCGGACGAGCUUCUCGACGACAACCUGGACUUCAACAUGGUGAUGAUGCUCUCCGGCGACACCGGCCCCCACCGGGAGAUGGCUGUGGACGUGCCCGACACGUUCAUCGCGCGGAACAAGACACCCCCGCGCUACCCUCCGCCGAAGCCCAUCCUGCAGGUGGGCCACUUCGAGGAGCGCGCCGUCGACGUGAACCAGGAGCGCGCCAUCGACGUCCCGGAUAACUUCAUCGAGCGAGAAAAGGCGCCCCCCAAGUUCCCUGCGAAGAGUGGGGUCAACGGGACGCCCGGCGCCAAGCCGGUGCCGCCCCCGAGGGAUCAUCUCAAGUUGGAGAAGGACGGGAGGAUUGUGAAUAAGGCGCCGCCACCGCAACUGCCCGCCACUCCGGCUCCUACCACCCCAGCUCAGGCUGAGCCCACCAGGGAGCAGCUGGACAGCAUUAAGAAAUAUCAGGAGCAGAUUCGCAAAAGGAAAGAGGAGGAAGACCGGAUCGCAGCUCAGAAUGAUUUUCUUAAAAGGUCGCUGAGGGGAUCGAGAAAACUCCAAGCGUUGGAGAGUCGGCCACAGGGGACCGUCAACGAUGCCUUCGCCGUCGAUGAGACUCAAGACUCCUCCAGGUCCACCACGCCGACGCUCGAAAAGGAAGUGGUGCACACGGUUUACGGAUAUGGGGAUCUGGUGGCGUCGGUGCAGCGUCUCCAGCUACAGUUGAAGAAGGCGGGCGCUGGGGGCGGUUUGGGGGGCCUGGAGGGGCGCGUGGCCGCCGUCCAGUCGCUCCUAUUGUCGCCCCAAUUCGGUCGCGCUUUGGCGGUGCACAAUAAAGUCCAAACAGUGCGUUCCCGUACUACGCCUCGGCCGGCCCCCAUCGCCCAAACUGCCCUCAGAGACUGCUUAGAUGCCUUAGGGAACUCGCAAAGUGCUUAUGCCGUGGAAUUGGCCAGCCUUCUUACAGGGUACGAAUUGGAGGCCCUUAUGGUGGCCCACGAUGGCGUGGCAUCUACAUUACCCCCCGAUUCGACUUCGCCGGGGGCUCCACCCGUUGAACCGCCACCAGCCCUUCCCGAACGCUUCCACGAAGAAAACAUUAAAAUAAUCAAAAUCGAGAAAAGUACGGAGCCGUUGGGGGCGACAGUGCGCAACGAGGGCGACGCUGUUGUCAUCGGACGGGUGGUGCGAGGGGGCGCGGCCGAUAAAAGCGGACUCCUCCACGAAGGGGAUGAGAUUCUGGAGGUGAAUGGGAUUGAGAUGCGCGGGAAGAGUGUGAAUGCCGUUUGUGAUAUUCUCCAAGGGAUGGAAGGGACGUUGACGUUUUUGAUUGUGCCGGCGUCACAGGCGAGGUCGCACUCGGGGAGGGAUUCGGUCCUCCACGUCAGGGCGCACUUCGAUUACGACCCGGAGGAGGACAUGUACAUCCCGUGUCGAGAAUUGGGGAUUAGUUUUCAGAAAGGCGAUGUCCUCCACGUGAUCAGUCAGGACGACCCCAACUGGUGGCAGGCGUAUCGGGAGGGUGAGGAGGACCAGACUUUGGCCGGGUUGGUGCCUUCGCAGUCGUUCCAACACUACAGGGAGAGUAUGAGACUGGCGGCUGAAGAGCGAAUGGCGAGACCGCAGAGGAAGUCGUCCACGUUGCUGUGCGGCAAGACGGCCAAACGGAAGAAGAAAAAAGGGGCCUAUGCCGAAGGGGGCUAUCCGAUUUACGCCAAUGCGGUUGACGAACACGAUCCGGAGGAAAUCCUCACGUAUGAAGAAGUCUCCUUGUAUUACCCCCGAGCGAAUAACAAACGACCGAUCGUUCUUAUCGGGCCCCCCAAUAUUGGGAGACACGAACUGAGGCAGAGACUCAUGGAGGAUUCGGAACGCUUCGCAGCUGCCAUUCCACAUACUUCUCGAGCACGAAAAGAAAACGAAGUCGAUGGACAAGAUUACCAUUUUAUAACACGAGCUCAAUUCGAGGCUGAUAUUUUAUCACGGAAAUUUGUUGAACAUGGAGAGUAUGAGAAGGCCUACUAUGGGACUUCUCUCGAUGCGAUUCGAUCGGUUGUCAACUCUGGGAAAAUAUGUGUCUUAAACCUACAUCCUCAAAGUUUGAAAAUACUAAGAACGUCGGAUUUAAAACCUUAUGUGGUGUUUGUGGCGCCCCCUAGUCUGGAAAAGCUGAGGCAGAAGAAGAUACGGAACGGAGAGGCGUACAAGGAGGAGGAGUUGAAGGACAUAAUCGAGAAAGCCCGCGAGAUGGAGGACAAAUACGGCCACUUUUUCGACAUGAUAAUAAUAAAUAACGACACGGAACGGGCCUACCACCAGUUGCUGAGCGAGAUAAACAGCCUGGAAAGGGAGCCACAGUGGGUGCCCGCAGCUUGGGUCAAAGCACUUUAGGAAUUAAAAAAACAAUGACCGAAGCUUGAGGUUUGUCGACUGAAUAAUCAAUUUACUCCUGAAAGGUUGUGAACGAUUGAAGAAGGUGCUAGUCCUUAAUAAAUUGAAAUUUAAGGGGGCGCGAUUGCGUCCGAUUAUCGUCUUUCUAAUCCCCUUUUUAAGACUUAUUAAACAUCACGAUUGUGCUGUGAUCCAAUGCUGCAAAAAUUUAAACGGUGUUUCACGGAUUUGGUAGUAUUAAGAGACGGCAAUAAUGACUGUAAAUAAAUAAAAAGAGAAAAAAUUUACAAAAAAAUAAUAGGACCGUUUAAAAUCGUGUUUUAAUUGUUUAUAGCUAUGUACUUAGCAAAUCGAGUGUAUUGUAAAUAAGAGUUAUACAUAUUUGUCUUAGAUUAUUCGACUUGAAUCGCUCAGAGAUUUUAAUUGGUGUUAGUUAAAAAAACAUUUUUCGAGUCUAUUCAAAAAAAGAAGGAAAAAUCGUUCAUUUUUCCAUUUUACGGUAAUGUUUUUCUUUAACCUAAGUAGAUUUAGUAUCAUAACGAUGUGAUUAUGUGUACUUAAUUUUAUUUAUCUAAUAUUUUAUAUAAAACAAACUAAAUUUUAAAGAUAGUCAGUAGGUGCAAUUUUCUUCUUUGCUCCCAUUUUCUUUAAUAAAAUGACCCAAAAACCCAGCUAAAUAUUUCUCCAUAUUAUAUGUAAUUAUAGAUCUGAAGUCAUCUUAUGUUUAUUUAUUUUGUUAUUGUUUAAUUGUAAAUAAGAAAUAUCAAAUGUAUAUAAAAUCAGACCCUAUGGUGUCUGUAGAAAUGUCGUGUAUAUUAAAAAAGUACUUAUCGUUAGAAACGUGACUUCGGGGUUCCUUUUAUUAUUAAAUAUUUUAUUAUGCAUAAAUCAUUGUUUUAGAAUUGCAGAAAUAAACAUUUCUCACUAUUAA